AAUGUGCGAUGAGCAAGCGGUACUGCCGGUUUUUUUUUUUGUUCUUGUUUCUUUUUAAAUUUACUUUCACACACACACAAUGCUCUCACCCCGACAAAAAAGACGCAUUAGUCACAUUCAGCGUUUGAGAGAGUGAAUUUUAGAGAGAAAAAAAGGCAACACAAAAAAUAAAUAUGAACGAGACACUUCCUUUAGUGGCUUUAACAUUUCACCUUUAAAUGAAGCGUAAAAUGCGGUGCUUCGUCAGCAAACGAACGAAUUGGUACGAUGAUUUUACGUACUGUCGAAUGUGGCGUGAAAAAUGUUACUUUUCGGUAGCAUCGUCCAAUACCAGCAUCGCUCCUUCUGGUACAUCUGCAUCAACAUCAUCACCAUCACCAUCAUCAUCAUCAUCGCCAAGAGACGCGACGCCACUUCGUGUUUAGUGUUAACAAAGUGUGCGUGUGUGUGUGUGUGUGCUUGUCGGUUUGUACGUAUGCCAUUAGAAAGUGUGCGAAAAUGAUGUUAAAUUCAAUCACUGCUGCUGCUGCUGCUACCGUUAUCGUACGGCAGGACGGAGCUGCCCAUGGUACGAGGAACGACUGUGUCGCAAAAGGUCAGAGCGAGCGUCUUCAGUCCCGCCAUCCAUCGAACGAAACACGUGUGUUGAUCGCGUCUCGUCUAUCGUCGCGCGGUACGGUGCUGAUGCACGCAGGUGAUUGAAAGUGGGCCGCAGCGCACAUUUGCUGUCCCUACCUUUCGCCCCACCGAAGGUGAAUAAUUUAUGCUCGCGACACAACUGACACGAAUGUUUUUCUGCUGGAGAGCGCGCGCGUGUGUUUGUGAGAGCCUGCAGGGAAAACAAGUGCGAAUAAGCUGUGUUUUUUCGCUGUUAACUAGUAGGGGCAUAAAUUAUUCCUCAGCACUCGGCAGAAAGACAACUCGAUAACAAGGUUCGAUUUUUUCGCACCAUCGGCGACGGUUUGGUGGAACCCUAGCAACCGAGCAGCCGGAGAAAGAUUCAACUCGAACGAAACAAAGUAACCGAUGAUGGACCGAACCAGUGCAGGCGAGGCGUGAAAAAUUCGUUCCCCCAUCACUGUUGUCAAUGUUACGCCGGGGGUUGAAAGGGAAAUCAUUCGUUCGGGAGGCGUUUGUGUCUGGAGAAAGUCAUCCAGAUGCGAUUUUCUCCGUGCUACGGUAGGGCGAGAGCAUCAGUGAAAUCGUGAACAUUGAAACCGCAAAGUGAAUGUUACUGCCGAAAAGCGCACAACAAAACCAGCCGAUAUAGACCAGUCCCGCACCCAUCUGCCCGCCUGCAGCACGAUCCCCAUCCGCGCCGGAAGACUAAUUUAAGCGGCCAACGGUAGCGCGUCGUGACUUAUUGCUCUCCGCGGCGUUCGGACCGCGGGGCCCGCCCCUGGCGAUAAACGAUGGCAGAUUGGAGCGGCGGCCACCACCGGUACCGUCUUGGGCUAUUUUCGUUGCCCGUUACAUCAUUGGCCCAUCGUCGCCGUCCGUGCCACAGGUCGUGCCGUCACGAGUACGCAUCACGCCAGUAGACGAGCGAACCAGCAGCCCUGCGCGUAGAGCCUAAAAACUGUCCAACAACUCGCAUUCCCUGUAGCGAUCAGGCAGCAGUUCUCUUAGUGUAGCGAAACCGCCUAGUCAAAUCGGUCCAGGACCUGCAUGCGCUGAGUGUGACAGGCCGCGGCGACACUCACCGUCGUGGCCAUCGGCGCAGAAGCGAAACCUUCCCCCACCCCACGACUCACCAUCAUGGGUGUAAUUCUGCAAAACUUUAGCCAGCCGGGCGCGAGGUACAGCCCCGACCAAGUGCCCCAACCACCGCCGCCACCCGCCGCCCCAUCACCGACGACGUACCGCGAGCUCGACAUACUGCUCCGGCACGAGGGCUCCAUUCCGGCCGUGUCCCUCGCCGGCCUAACCGCAACGCUCGGGCUGGACAGCAAUGGCGAGCUGCUCGGGGCGAACUACGGUGCGAACGGGUCCGAUCUGUCCGAGCUGCUCGACGGCUGCCCCAAACCGGACGACACGCUCUACCCGACCAUGUUCGGCAUCGAUCUGGCCGUGCCGCAGUGGGAAGCGAUCGGUACGGCCCUCAUCCUGACGCUCAUCAUCAUCAUCACGAUCGUCGGCAACAUCCUCGUCAUACUGAGCGUGUUCACGUACAAGCCGCUCCGGAUCGUGCAGAACUUCUUCAUCGUGUCGCUGGCGGUGGCGGACCUGACGGUGGCCAUACUCGUCCUGCCGCUCAACGUCGCCUACUCGCUGCUCGGCCGGUGGGAGUUCGGCAUCCACGUGUGCAAGAUGUGGCUCACCUCGGACGUGCUGUGCUGUACCGCCUCGAUCCUGAACCUGUGCGCGAUCGCGCUCGACCGCUACUGGGCGAUCACCGAUCCGAUCAACUACGCCCAGAAGCGGACGCUCGAGCGGGUGCUGGCGCUGAUCGCGGGCGUCUGGGUGCUGUCGCUGGUGAUCAGCUCGCCGCCGCUGAUCGGGUGGAACGACUGGCCGGAGGAGUUUUCCAGCGAGUUCCCGUGUCAAUUAACGAGCAACCAGGGCUACGUCAUCUACUCGUCGCUCGGCUCGUUCUUCAUCCCGCUCGCCAUCAUGACGAUCGUGUACAUCGAAAUCUACAUCGCGACGCGGCGCCGGCUGCGCGAGCGGGCGCAAGCGUCCAAAAUCAACACGCUCGCGUCGCGCAGCAUCGGCAUGGUGGCUGGCAAUGGGGAGAAGGAGCUUACCACGACCCACCACCAGCAGCAGCAGCAACAGCAGCAGCAGCACCAACACCACCACCAGUCACACCACCACCAGGACGGGCACGCCAUCCAGCACGACCAGGAGUCGAUCAGCAGCGAAACGAACAACCACAACGAACAAACCGACACGGGCAGUGGCGGCCCGGUGCUGGCGGGCAGCGGCAAGCCCAACAAAAAGGGCCACCUCCGGUUCGGCGGCUAUCUCGGGCGGGCGUUGGGCGGUGCGGCCGGCCGCCACCGCAAAAAGCAACACCACCGGAAGCGGCCAGGGGACGGCCCGGCGGAGGAGGGGGAGGACGGCCGGCCGCACCGGCUGGCGGCUAGCGCGCUGCAUCAGCGCGAGGACGACUCGGUGACGGACAACCCGGACCACUCCGGGUCGGGCGACAGUGGUGGGGGGGUCGGCAAGGCGCCGCUGGACGCGGCCCACCCGUCCGCCCUACUGCCCCCCACCGGCAACUGUGAUAUGACGGGCGGGUCGGCGACGGGCGAGCCGGCCCCGCGGAACGGGGCCAGCAACAGCCAUCUCCAGCGCGAGGUGGGCUUCCACGAGUCGACGGCCGAGCUGAUGGUGGUGGCGGCGGCGGCCCCACCCACGACCCGGCUCGGCGGCCGGCUCAAGCAGUCGUUCCGCAAGCCGGGCGGCCUCAACCAGUUCAUCGAGGAGAAGCAGAAGAUCUCGCUGUCGAAGGAGCGGCGGGCGGCCCGGACGCUCGGCAUCAUUAUGGGCGUGUUCGUCGUCUGCUGGCUGCCGUUCUUCCUGAUGUACGUCAUCCUGCCGUUCUGUCCGUCCUGCUGCCCGACGAACAAGCUGAUCAACUUCAUCACCUGGCUCGGGUACAUCAACUCCGCGCUCAACCCGAUCAUCUACACCAUCUUCAACCUGGACUAUCGGCGCGCGUUCAAGCGGCUGCUCGGCAUUAAGCCGUAAAGAGCGACAGAGAGGGACACAGAGCGGGGGGACGAGCCACACAGAGUAGGGGAAAGGGGGGGGGGAAGCAUUCACUUCCGGGGAAAAUCAGUUCACUGUUGUAGCAACGGCACGGUGUCCACUUGACGUGCUUCUCUUCCGGCAAAGCAAUGCUGUACAAAACGGGAUCGGGAAAGGCGAGAAAAGUGGCAUUUAAAAAACCCAACAUACACGCACACACACACGUACACACUCAUCAGCAAAUGACCUACAAAUUACCCUCACCCAGGCAAAGGGCGGUACCGGAAUUCACUCGUCAAGUCGGCCCACUAAGUGGGACGGUGCUCGAAAGCUUUUAUGUACGGCAACGACUAGCGGAACUAUUAACCGUCCUCAUCGCAUCUCAUCCAUCCAUCCAUCCUUCCGUAAGUGUCCCUUUUGUGCUACCAGCCCCCCUAGCCCCUUCUCACUGCUUUCCCUACCCACCACCACCACGCUCUGUAUUGUGUAGUUCUCGCAAAAAGGAACCAGCACAGAAGUGGGUUGUUGGUAAAAGCUUUUCAUCCUCGCUCCCUAUUGAUUUUUAUCUUUCGCCCCCUUUUUUGCGGUGCUUUCGGUUUGCUAAUUAAUCUACGCACAGUUUUUCUUCUUCUGGACCUCAUUCAUUUUUUGUGUUGCCUUUCCGGGGCGGGGUGGAAGUAAGCAGUGAACCGGCAACAAGAGGGAGAGCACUCACAAAAAAAACCAGCACUCUCCAUGCAAACAAUAAAAAGACAAAAAAGGGCUUCAUCCCUUUGUCUUAAAGCUUUUCAACUGUGCGAUACACCUCCAUUCAACCAAAGCUUCCGCGAGUUUUGUUCAUGCACUGUUUUUACACAUUUUUUUGUUGUUUACUCGCGUUCAAGGGAUUUUGCCAAUUGUGUUCAUUCAUUCCAUUCAGACGGGCGGAUGUGGUGAUGAAACUUCAAGCCGGGAGAGAGACAGAGAGAGAGAGAGAGAUACAUGUUCCGUUCCGGACCAUCCUCUGCCUGCUAUACCCGGAAGUCGACGAUCCCGCUUGUAUGCGCUUUCGUCCAGCACUUUUCCACUCAAAAGCCAACAAAGGGGGUCGGUGGAAGAGGAGGAGUGGAGUGGAAGAGGUGCUGUCACAAUUCAAGGCCGGUCCCAUUCAACCGGUGUGCUCUUAUCUUUGAUCGUUUUCGGGCCAUUUUGUGCAAGCGCGAGAGUGUCCUUCGCACGGCCCUAUCGCGUUACAAUAUCGCGUUACAAAUUGUGAGGAGGGGACAAGCACACGGUUUGCCCCCCUUUGGUUGCGGUUCAUUCCCGCUCCAUACAUCGUUUUUAUUUAUUUAUUUUUUUUGGUUAUUCAUCCCGCUGCUAAACCCCAAACCGGAACCGGACCCACUGGUAGUCGGUGGUUUCUUACAAACCACACCAUUGCCUGCCUCCUUUUUGCGCCCGACUUGUUUGGGCCAACCGGACACUUUCGACCGGCUUUUCUUUUAUUUCGCUCCUUCAGCGACAAUCUCCAUCCCUUCCCAGUUCUACCGACCCUUGGCCGCGGUAACAAGCGCACAACGUUCCCGGGGAGCUGGUAUUGUAAUCAAACCAAUCUUGCCAACAAUAAAUUCCUCGCUCCGACCGGCCCGCUUUGGUACACUCAAACCGCUUCAGCUCGCCUUGUUUUGCGCUUGAGAGUAGCAAGGCAAAGCGAACGACAAACGGUUCACAUCCGGUGGAAAACGGCUGCUUCGGUCGCCGAGUCGCCAUUCCUCAGCCACCCCGAGGCUAACUACGUCGGUGUGCUACGACAACAAUAACAAGCCACUUUGUCCCCGUCACCAAGGGUAGCGCUGGAAAGACGCAGCAGCGGUACAACAGCAUGACCAUCCUUCCCAGCCAGCCAGCCAGCCAGCCAGCCCACCGUCUGGCACCAAACCAUUGGCACCAAACUCCAGCACGGGGUGCCCCGGGGUGGUCCAUUCUUCAUCAUGCUCGUCGUCGUCAAGGCGAACGCGACGAAUCAACCGCCGACGCAGCAGCGGUGGCGAAAAGAAAAACAGUUUCAAAAACAUGACCCCACCUCCCCAUUUCAUCGCUCUUUGCCAGGGGAGGAAACAUGUGGUGGGAGGGUAAAGUUGCAUACCGCAAUUUCUAACCACCACUUCCACCUCCAAACAAUGGCGGGAGAGCGAAAGCGAGAAAACAGAGAGUUGCCAUACGCGCGGGAUGUCCCCGCCACGGAAGAAAACCGACAGAAUUGGGGAAAUUCAUUUGUAUGUUGCUACCGCGCGAUACAUUCCGCCAACUCCAGGAAACAGAAGAAGAAGACGAAAACAACAACCGGGAGGUAAGAAAAGCCCACCCUCCCCCCUCCUCCCCUUGCCACAACAACCUACCGCGAAGUAGGGCACUUUGGGGGCGCCCGCGAUCAGGAACAAUCAUCGGGGCGCGCGUUUCUGAGAGACGGUUGCGCAUCGGAACAUAAUACGCUUCAAAGUUCCGGCCCGCCAGCCAGGGCCAGAUGGAUGGCAAAUGGCAAAGUGGAAAACUUUUCGCCCCGCGUCAGCCCGGUUCCGCGCGUACGGCUGACAAUCUCCGGAUCUUUGCGGCGACAAAACGCUCCUGCUAAAACACAAUACACUUUCGCUGGGGAUGGGACAGUGUGGCACGGGCGACACAAGCGCCCUCUAGGCAGGCUGGCUCGGUUGUAAAUGCACCAUUAUUAUCUGCUGUAUGCUUUCACAUAAAAACAAGCAUACAAAACACAUAUCGCUACACAUCAUGCGGGCACAUAUUAGCACAUUUUGCAUGUGUGUGCGUGUGUGUGUGCCUGUGUGUCGUAAGAGUACUUAACGUGUUCCGCAGAAAUACUACCGCCUACAAAGGGCAGGAUACAACCAAAGACGCUUUUCCACGUAAUGUUGCUGCGGUUUUAAAGCUUCUUAGCACGCGCGCACACACACACACAUAAUGUAGGUUUGUGUAAGACGGUGCGCCGGAGAUUACUUCUGCUUUAUGUGUGUUUUGUUUUGAUUUUGCAUAAUAAUUAUUAUGUCAAAGGUGCUGCGUUUUGUGUUGAGCACGGGAAGCACGGAAAUUAAUUACCAAAUCCAUCGUGCUUUUUUUCAUUUUCCCGUCGGAGUACAACUUUCCUCCGCAAUUUUAACGCCUCCAUUAACAUAUUAUUGCUCAAGGCAGCAGGCAGGGUAAUUGCAAGGGAAAACAUAAUUAUUAUUAAAUGAAAAGCUCAACUUCCACAGCAACUGUAGUGGAUAACAACUACCAAACACAGCCAAACAAGUCCUUUGCGGCAAACAUUUUUGCUUUGGUUAGUUUCCUGUUCAUCAUCUCUUUCAAAUAAGUUUCUCCGGUCUGCAACUUUCUUCCCUGUCUGACGUUCCCCUCACACCAGCAAACCAGCGAACUAGUUCAUUUGCAUUCCAAUCAGAUUCCACCAGCGCAAGCUAGACAAUAAUAGUCUAUCGACACUGACACAAAACUAUGAUUAUUAUGAUUAUCGUUCGCGCGUCCUGCUUCUCGAUCAGAUGUGCAGCUGCGUUGCUUCCCAGCCCACUUCUCCUUGCAUUUCCCUUCCCGAUCCUUACCCGCCCUCCCCCCCCCCCCUGCCAAAGGAAAUCGAAAAGUCGAAACUUGCGAAAGUUCCAACCGACCGACGUGCGCCCACGUGUUGGCUGGUUUACUUUGCCGUAACUUUCCCUGCAGUAGCUUUCACACCGUGACGGGGGAGUGUGGAGCUGGGGUAAUCCAUUGUUUGUACAGUACGGUCGAUCCGUGGACAGGCGGUGCGGUGAAGCGAAUUGGUGUAGAGAAGAAAAGCCAAAGAAACUUAGCACACAAAACUUUCACCGGAAGGACGGGAGUUUAGUUUAAAUUUAGACGGGCAAAGAGAGGAGGAAAAAACUACAAACCCUUCCUUCCCCUUCAAUUCCCGAUUGGGUGAACCGUUUUCAUCCUCCUUUCCCCCCCGAAAUGGAACAAAAUCAAACCACGUGUGCUCGAACCGCUCAAACUUCUGGCUCGUCUCGGGUGGGCUGUAAGGAUAAGGAUAAGGACUGUAGGGGGAGUCUCUCUAGCGAGAGAGAGAGAGCAUCGAACUAAAUCAAACAUUGGGCCGAAUCUUUCGGGGUUCAGGGUCAAAGGAAUCUCUAAACUUCUUACCGUAAGUCAAACACAAACGCGACACACACACCCGACCAAAAGCUAACUAAGAAAGAAGCCACACACGUGCCGAUAUGUGUGCCGAUGGUCGUCCUCCAGCAGCUUCUUUUUUCGAGCCCAAAGAGAACCCGCUGGACCCGCUGCCACACAUACAUAUCGGCGCACAACCCUGUACCGGGGCCUGCUGGAAGCUCGUUGCAGCAAGACGUUGACGUUAGCAAACGAAGCCUUUUCCAACUCCUUUGUACAGCAAAAAACGCCACACAACGCCAUAUUACAGGAGCGACAGGAGCGACACAAAAGGUGACAACUGAACAGUCAGUGCCCCGAAACCUACACAGCUCCGCGACGACAUACGAGACAUUCGAGACAAACUCGAACAGGAUAGUUGUCGUCCCAUUUUCUUUCACUUACAACACAUGCGCUUCUUUGCGCCGGAAAAAGUUUGGCACACAGAACGUGGGAUGAAUAUUGGGACAAAACUUCACUUUUGUGAACGGUUUCGAAGCCAGGCGGAGAAGGGGAGGGAAAGAAAACAUAAACGUAGAAUUUACCGUGGGUGGUGUGUAAGUGAACGAGGCACUGCAAACACACACCGCCAACGAAUGUAUAGUAAGAAUAGUGUUUUAAAAUACUGCUGCUGUCGUUCAGUGCAUUCCAUCGCUUUCCUUUCCAUCGCUUUCCGACCGACGGGAUCGGACAGGGGGCUGUGGUGCAAUGGAAGGGUGCACGGAAGCAGCAUCAACGGCAGCAGCGAUAGGUCCAGUAGUGGCAAUGGAAGUAGUUUAAGUAGUACAUAGUACCAGUACUAGCAGUGCAUGCGAAGAGGAUAGUAAUUUCAUAACGUACCUGUUGCAGUUUCGUUUCAAUGCGAUGUAGUGGGACUUUUUGUACCUUUCGUUUAUCAGUAGCGCAUUCCGUUUUCACUAACGGCUCCCCUGGAUUUUUUUAAGAUGAAAUAAGAAGAAGAAGAAAAAGAAAAAAACACACACACCCAUAAACUUAUUGUAGAAAAAGAGAAACACAUAACAAAAACACAAAUUCAUCCUCAUAUCGUUCCGUGGUGGGUCCGGGGCACGGUUUAAAAACUAGACCCCGAGCGCGCCCGCACACGCUUGUGUGUAUAUUUUUGUACAUGUGCAUAGCAAACAGAAAAACACACAAAAACACAUACACAAAACUAAAAAAGUUCGGGCAAAAAGGGUCCAGAGAAUGGAAGCGAAACAGGGAUAAGUGGAGGGAGGAUAAGCGAAGUGAAUGAGGAAGUGAGGGAAGCAAACGAGCAGGGAAAAAAGGAAAUAAUUAAACAUUUCAUCAGUAGCGAGAUGAGAUGUGGCAAAACUCUGUAGCUACUAGUAAUCGUAGUAGUAAUCGUAGUCGUAGUAGUAGUAACAACACACACACACACCCAGUUGGCGCUUCUUUGCUGCUGCUUUGGGUGGAGUGUUCACGGGUGAAGAGGCCGGUAAAACUCAAACGAGCGGUCACCUACACCAGGUGCCAGGUACGGUACGGUCCGUCGCAAUGCGCCACGGUGUGUAAACGUGUUUAAUUGGGUAGUGCUAGUGGCGGAACAUGCGAAUAAUCAAACGAAUAGAUGUGUAUAAAGAUGCAGUGAGUAGCUGGAGAGGAGGGAUCGUUUUUCUUCCCUUCGGUUGUGUGGGGGAAGAUUUUCUUUUAAAUACGAAAAAAGCCACAGCAUCAGCUUCAGCAUGGAAAAUUGCUAAUGCCGUGCUUAUCAUUGCUGUACCGUGAAACGGAAUACAAUUUGGUGUAAGUUAGAUGUAGAGAGAGACAGAGAGAGACAGAGAGAGAGAGAAAGAGAAAGAGAGAUGAAGAUGAUACAGGAGAAACAAGAAAAAACUAAAUAAAUAACGAAAAGCGUACAUCCCACUCUCUCUGUCGCUCUUCCUCUUUCUCUCUCUCUAUCCCUCAAAUACUCCAUGUGUACAUAAAUUCAAACGAUGUAGAGCCAAGCUGGUUUGAUAAAUUUAAAAAAAAAUGCUAACCAUCCUACAGCAAAUGGAUGGAAGCAAAACAAAACGAGAAAGACAGAGUGAAAGUCGCGCAAAGAGGAAAAUUUAGUUAAGCCAGCCACAGUGUGUUAUCGAACUCUAGAUGUGUAUCUAAUAAAUCCAAUUCCAAAAUUCAAAUAAAAGCAAACCCUCUCCAAGAGGUAACAGAAACAGAUGGCUUCCCCGCAUGGUGGGGAGAGAGAGAAAGAGAGAGAGGAGUAGGGAGCAGCAUUUGAAAAAAUAAAAAAUUGUGCAAAACGGAAUGGUUUGGGGGGGGGGACAACAUAAAGAAGCAAAAUUUACUCUUUACCAACGCAUGGCGCGGGUCUGUUGAAUGUUUUUGCACCCGUUGCGGCGGAAUGCAAGAUAAAUAAUAGUUUAAUAUCAAAGCGAAUAAAGCAACCAAACAAAUCAAACAAAACACACACACAUACACACCCACACACAGCUCGAUUAAAAUUUAAAUAAACAAACACUAAACAAACAAUACUAUAAACGAGAUUAAAUCAAAUCGGCCAACACAAAUCUAAAACUGAUCGUUAAGCAACAAAUAGUAAAGCAGAGCAGAAUGGUGAACAAAUCGAGAGCGAAGAGGGAAGACACAGAGGGGUGUUUCGCGGAAGAAGAAGAAGCAACAACAAAAAAAACGCUGCCUAGUUUUAGUUCAAUUUGCAAUAAAGAAUCUGUUUGAACAAAAUGUAAA